UAUGAGUCAUUUUCGGGCUUCUGCAGUGACAUCGGUUUAUAAAUUUUCUUAUUAAAACAAGGAAAGAUGUUUGAUGGAAGGAUAAAUUCGAAAUAAAUAAUUGAAUGAUUUCGUUGAAAGAUAUGGAUACUGCUUAUUAUUGUUUAACAUGAAUCAAAAACAUCGGGAAACGAUAGACUUGUGUUGUCAGGAUAUUGUACCUAAAAUAAAUAUAGUUAAAUUAUGGCCAAAACUUUUUGAAAAUAAAAUUUUUAAUAGAGAUGACGUGAAUAUUUCACAUUGGAAGAAAAAUCUAACUGAAGAAGCAACGGUACGAGAUAUAUAUUUAACGAUAAAAACACGAGGACCGUUUGCAUUUGAACGCUUUCUCAUAAGUUUAAGAGAGAGUGGUCACGAAGAUUCAGCAGAUAUAUUGGAAGGAAAAAGAAUUGCAUUCUCUAAUAAUGACACGCAAACGAAUAUUAAUCACGACAAUGCCCUGAAAGAUGACGAAAUAGAAGAAACAAAUUUUAUUCCAGCUACCGAAGGGAUACAAGAUGAUUUUUACCGUAAUAUACAAUUGUCAGAAGUACCUCUACAAAUUCAAGUACGAAAAGCUACAAAAUUUUUAGAUGGACCUGUUUAUGAAAAUGUUCAAACAUAUCCAAUGCGUAGCAAACCUCGUGGAUUAGUUUUAAUAAUAACAAAUAUCGAUUAUAAAUAUCCAGACAAGGAGCCUAGAAGUUCAGCUAUGUAUGAUGAGUUGAAUAUAAAACAACUCUUUGAACAGAUGGGAUUUCGUGUUUAUUCCUACUGUAAUUUGACAAGACAGAAAUUAUUAGAAAAAAUAAAAGAAUUUUCUGAAUGUAAAGAGUUACGUAAGGUCGAUUCUUGCUUUAUUAUAAUCAGUAGUCAUGGUAAUAUCAGUACCCAGUAUGAAGUUACAGAAAUAGAAGGUGUGGAUUGUAAUGUGGAAAAUGAAAUGCAGAAUCGUAAAACUGUUUUGUGUGUAGAUAUUUUAGAUUAUUUCACUUCAGAAACUUGCCCCCACCUAGCAGGGAAACCAAAGAUUUUCAUUUUUCAAUUAUGCAGGGGAGAAAAAAAACAGAAAUCAGUAAAGAAACCAAGACAUACAACGGAUACGUCUAAUUUCCACUCUUCCGACGAGAUGAUCAAUUUUAAAACAAAUGGUAAAGAAACAAUGAGAAACUAUGCAGAUAUGCUUGUUGCGCAUGCCACCCUCCCAGGAUAUGUUGCUUUUCGAGAUAAAAUAACCGGUAGUUGGUUUAUACAAAUUUUGUGUGAAGUAUUCAUGAAAUAUGCUCAUAAGUCUCAUCUGCAGGAUUUACUAAACAUGGUUGAUGAAAGAUUGAAAAUACAAAGAACGACUACAGAAGAAUGUCAAACAUUAACAGUAACAUCAAUAGGAUUCAAUAAACAUUGUUAUCUCAAUCCUGGUCUUUUUGAACAGACAUGAUUUAAAAUAUUUGUUUAUUACAAUUGUUUA